UGCGCGCGGCUGCCAUGCGCUGCUGUACUAAUAAGUUUGUACCCUGAGGAAUACUGCGGAUUUUUAUUGUGUUUUAUGUCUUUUCCCUCAGAGGUGCAACAGGUCCAGCAGAGGGGACACUUGUAAAAGUUUCAAAAUAAUGUUUUCAGGCUGCUGACGGAAUAAACCAACCCGAGAAGGAGACGUCAAGUGGAUUUUACGCAUCAAGCUUCGUGCGCAGACACUGGAAACAGUCACACGUUUGACAUACACUGAAGAGCCGUGCUUUGGUCUGCGUUUAUUCUUUUUUUCUUUUUUUUUUUAACUUUGUCUUUUUCUACCACAUGAUGCGAGUUUUUCUGGCUCCUGUGACUUAUCGGGAGGAGACGGUGUAAAAAUGUUACAGGGUCGUUAAAUUUAUUGGAACGUGACUGCCGGAGAUGAACUUUCUCCGUAAUGAUUGCAGGAGCUCUGGUGAAUGAUUGACAGCUGCUCGCAGAGCGCAGGAUCAACAGGAUUUACAGUCAAGACUUUAACUUAUGUUUUAAUCAUUAAGAGGCUGGAAGGUGCCUUAUUUCUUUUUUAUUUUAUUUUUUUUUGUCUUGGAGCAGAAUUUAAUUCUGGUCUUGAUUUAUCCAUCAAAAGAAGGAAGUUUUCCGUCAGGUUUUAGAGAUGACGGCACAGUAAAAGACUCUUGUAUUAGAUUUCUUUUUAAAAUUACUCUAAAUGAAUAAUUGUACAUUUUAGUAUUUAUUCAUGGCGUCUACAGAGAGACACAUGCUGUGCAGCCCGGUGUUUCCACGGCCCCUCAUGGUGUUACUGCUGCUGCUCCAGUGCCAUGGUUUCACAUUAGGUGCUUCCAAGGAUCUGGUGUGUGAGCCUAUAACUGUGCCCAUGUGUAGGGGCAUUGGUUACAACCUGACCUACAUGCCCAAUCAGUUUAACCAUGACACCCAGGAGGAGGUGGGGCUGGAGGUCCACCAGUUCUGGCCUCUGGUCCGGAUCCGCUGCUCUCCAGACCUGCUCUUCUUCUUGUGCAGCAUGUACACGCCAAUCUGCCUGCCGGACUACCGCAAGCCGCUCCCACCCUGCCGCUCUGUGUGUGAACGGGCCAAACGGGGCUGCUCGCCUCUCAUGAGUCAGUAUGGCUUUGAGUGGCCUGAGAGGAUGAGCUGCGAGCAGCUUCCCCAGCUGGGGGACGAGACCUUGUGCAUGGACCAGAAUAGCAGCGAGACCACUACCCUGGCCCCCCCCUUCCCCAAGCCCACCCCUAAAGGCAGGACCAGACCACCGAGCCCCCCACAGUGUGACAGGGAGUGCCGCUGCAGAGAACCCCUGAUCCCCAUCAAGAGGGAGUCGCACAGUCUUUAUGGCCGGGUCCAGACCGGCCCCCAGCUCAACUGCGCCCAGCCCUGUCACCUGCCCUACUUCUCAGCAGAUGAACACGCCUUUACUAGCUUCUGGGUGGGACUCUGGUCGGUGCUGUGCUUCAUCUCCACCUUGACCACCGUCGCCACCUUUCUCAUUGACAUGGAGCGCUUCAAGUACCCAGAGAGGCCCAUCAUCUUCCUGGCUGCCUGCUACCUCUUUGUCUCCUUGGGUUACAUCAUCCGCCUGGUGGCAGGUCACGAGCGAGUGGCCUGUGGCGCCAGCAGCAUUGGUGGCGACCACCUGCACGUCCUCUAUGACACAAACGGCCCCGCUCUCUGCACCCUCGUUUUCUUGUUGGUGUACUUCUUUGGCAUGGCCAGCUCCAUCUGGUGGGUGGUGCUGUCCUUCACCUGGUUUCUGGCUGCAGGGAUGAAGUGGGGCAGCGAGGCCAUCGCUGGAUAUUCGCAGUAUUUCCACCUCGCCGCUUGGCUCAUCCCCAGCAUCAAGACCAUUGUGGUCCUGGCUCUCAGCUCUGUGGAUGGGGACCCUGUGGCUGGAAUCUGCUACGUGGGAAACCAGAGUCUGGAGAAUCUGAGGGGAUUUGUACUCGCACCUCUUGUGGUCUACCUCUUCACUGGCUCGCUUUUCUUACUUGCUGGCUUUAUUUCUCUAUUCCGCAUCAGGAGCAUCAUCAAGCAAGGUGGCACCAAGACGGACAAACUGGAGCGGCUGAUGAUUCGCAUCGGGCUCUUUACAGUGCUGUACACUGUCCCUGCCACUAUUGUGGUGGCCUGCCUCGUAUAUGAGCAGCACUACCGGCCCGGCUGGGAGCAAGCCUUGGCCUGCUUCUGUCCAUCCGAGCGCCAGCGAUUGGGACUGGGCCCAGACUAUGCUGUCUUCAUGCUCAAAUAUUUCAUGUGCUUAGUGGUGGGCAUCACCUCAGGAGUCUGGAUUUGGUCAGGAAAAACUUUGGAGUCCUGGAGAAGGUUUGUGGCUCGAUGCUGCCCCUGUUGGCCACAGAAAGCCACCGCUCCACCGUCCAUGUACAGUGAGGCCAGUACGGCGUUAACUGGACACACUGGAACUGGGCUGACAUCAGGGAUCUACCAUAAAGCUGCUCCGCCUCAUAUAUGAGCUUUUAAGAGGACCCGUGUACAGUCACAUCUCUCCAGUAUCCAAAAACAGAUUGGGAUUGUGGAACUAUCUGCUCUGAAUAUCAGCUCUCAAAACCUGUGACAACAAUAUCAAAACAGAGAACCGAAAUAUUCAGAGCGUAAAAAGGGAAAAUCAACCAAUGUGGGUGAUUUGAACUGAAACAAAUGGAAAGUCCUACACAGAGUCUGACAUAUGUGCAAACUAACUUACGACUAAAACUGCUUUUCUUAGACGAGAGUUCAAACCUUCAACCAAACUUGACCUUCACUGACAAAGCAGUCUUUACAGAGUUAAAUGGAUCCAUAAUGGAGUCCCACAUGCUUCUUGCUAUCUCCUCACCCUGAGCACUGACACAGGAAAAAACAAAAAAACAAAACAUAUUUAUUUAUGUAAAUAUUGUACAAAUAUUUGGUGUUAAAAAAGAUAAUGUGUCAUAUAUUUAGUUUUUAACCAACCAAUGCCACUGCCACAAGUGUAAGACACCAGAAAAACAAAUCUGAUUUGAACUGUACAAACCUGUGUAUAAAUGUGCUGUAGUGUGCCAGUGUGUGAGUGCAUUGUUUUGUAUGUUUACAAACUGAAAGUGUACAGAGAAAUGGUCUUGAUGUUGGUUCCUGCAAAUCCAGGGACAAAACUGAGUCUUUUUUCUAACUUUAAUUCUCUUGUUAAAUCACUAAAGUCUCUGUAUAAAAAAAAUCUAGUUUUCUUAAUGUAUUGUGAACUAAUGCACAACGUUUAUGUUAAAGCUACAGGACAAGACUUUAGCCCCAUCUGCUGGUUCAAAGUGGACCUGCUCACAUUAUGUUCUCCACAGCAGGGACUCCCCGACAGCAGAUCAACAUUAGACCACAGACCCGCCUGAAUUUUAUACUUAAAAAUAUAUGAAUGAAUGAGUGAUUAAUAGUAUAACUUGUUAAGGUUAGACUCACUUUUUAAAAGUCGGGUAAUCAGAUGGAUAAUGGACAGAUAACUACCCAACAACAGUCUUGAUAACCAACUUUUUUAAAGCAAAAUGCCAGAGAUGCCAAGUUCCAGCUUCACAAAUGUUAAGAAUCUGGAAUUUAUCUCAGCUUGUAACACUAUAUGUUAAAAACAUUUGAACAUUUAGGCUAUAAUCACAAUUAAGUUUUCUAACCCCAUUUUAAUCUUGUUCUUUUUGGGAUUUAAACAGCUGGUUGAACAAAAUAAGCACUUUGCAAAAUCAAAAUUUUAAACAAUGUCAUCAUUUAAAAGCUCUUUUGCUUAAUAGUUAACUGAGGAACUGAGUGUGUGUGUGUAUGUAUGUAUACUGAGUUGUUGUUCGCAUGGCUCUGUGGUCUAAUGUAAAUCAUCUAUUUGAGACCUUGACAAAAGCAGAAAACCUCUGGUCUCUGUUUGGAGUUCAAGUGUACAGUUUAUCCAGAAAUGUGUGUGGGGUGGGGGUGGGGGGUGCUAAAAAUGAAAGAAGGUGCAGGAGUACGGCAUGAAAGCUGUCUCGGUACAGACAGCUGCAGCGCUAAUACAGAACUGACUGAGAAUAUGAAGCUUGCCUCCCGCCUGUGACGUUCUGUAAUACGUUCAUUGAUUGUUGAUGGCCCUUUGUGCUCUUUAGAAAACUCUGUCCACAUCUGUAGAUACCUCUAAUUUAUUAGUCUGACGUGUGUGUGAAGGAAAUGAUUGCAUGAGUGAUGAUGAAUACCAAAAAAUGCUGGUAAAACUGACAUGUAGGUUUGUUUGUGUACAUGUUUUUUUUUUUUCUGUUUUUACAUUGACAGACCUCCUCAAAGGACAUUAAUAAAAUAUUGUAGAUUUUGAUUCA